CCUGGGGAAGAGGGGAGCAUUGAGCAGCAGCGGUGCCGCGCUCGGGAAUCAUUUGGUGAUAUAACCCCCCAAUUCCAACCCUUAAUGCUGAGUGCCAAGCAGGGAGGCAAUGGUCCCAUUUUUAUAGUCUUUGGUAUGACCCGGCCGGAGUUUGAACCCGCAACCUUCCAGUCUCAGGGCGGACACUCUACCACUAGUCCACUGAGCUGAAGAGAGAGAGAGAGGAAAAAUUGCAAUAAAAUAAAUAAAAUAAUGCAAUAAAUACACCGAGUUAUUUAAAAACGCAGUAGCAUUUACUAUUUAGUUGAAUUUGUGUGAAGAGACCCUCGCCAGCCUCCGUCGUCUGCGUUUGUUUUGUUGACAUUUUUUGUCCUCUCUCCGUUAACUGACUUGUCGUCAAGUUAGCGACAAAGCUCACAUAGAACGACGCAAUGCCUCCAACAUUCACGCCAGCUCGACAAAUUCCGAUUUAUUUUAGAGCGCAAUAAGCGCAAUAUGACAGUUCCGCGGUUGACCGACCCGUCGUGUUUCGUCGCUAUAAUGCCGCGAGGAAUCGACAGUUAGCUUUAGCCCGUUAGCAGCUGUGACAAUUUAAACUAGAAAAAAUACACACAUGGAGGGCGUUCUGUACAAAUGGACCAACUACAUGACAGGGUGGCAGCCACGCUGGUUUGUGCUGGAGAACGGCGUCAUCUCAUACUACGACAGCGAGGAUGAUGUCGGCAAAGGAAGCAAAGGUUCCAUCAAGAUGUCCGUCUGUGAAAUUAAAGUUCACCCGACCGACACCACGCGUCUGGAGCUGAUCAUUCCAGGCGAGCAGCAUUUUUACGUGAGGGCGGUCAAUGCAGCAGAGAGACAACGUUGGCUGGUGGCGCUCGGGUCCUCUAAAGCCGGAACCUUGGACUCGCACAGACACAGAGGUCCGGACUGUCUGCGCACCAAAAUGUCUGAGCUUCGCCUGUACUGCGACCUGCUGGUGCAGCAGGUCCAAACCAUCCAAUCACAGAGCAGCGCAGAGCAGGAGGGCACGCCCACAUCCGAGGCCUCGCUCCUCAGCGCCACCUGCACCACCUUUAUCCGGACACUGGACGAGUGCAUGAGCCUGGCGCAGCAGAGCCUCGCGCCGCGCCCACAACCUCCUGAAAGGCUCAGCCGCCCUCCUAAUAUGAGAAGAUCAGUCAGUCACCCCGGCACGUCCAUUUUGGACAGGUGCGGCGUACUGAAGGAGAGCUCCAGCGGAUCCAAGCCAUGGCGGGACCGGGCCAGCUCAGACACUUCAGAGUUGACGUAUAAAGGAUUGCCGGACUCAUCGCACAUCCCUGAAGAACGAGGGGUCGCGGCCAGUCCGAAGACCACGCCUGCAGACACGGACACAGACCUGUCCAUCUGAAGGUCGGAAGGUGUCGUUUUGAUGCAGACGCCGUGAAUGUAUUUUACUCGCUCUCUCUGUGGGAGCACACCUUUGGCAAAUGAGCACUUUGGACGUCGGUUCUUUCAUUUAUAUUUGCCCAUGGGACUCAGAACUUGAAUUCCUGCUGCGGCAAGUGGGACCAAAGUGGACGCUGUCCUUCCGGCCCUCUCUCCCAUCCGCACAACAAUGUGAACAUGUGGCGCCAUAUUGUGGUGAUGGUCGCGGCUUUGAUGUUGCUGCUGCCUUCAAAGACCAUACCUGUGUUGGGACUUAUUUUCUCAUGAGCAAUUUUCUGUUGGUUCAUUGAAAUGUUCACAAAAUCAAAAUCUUUGUACCGUCUCGCAGCAACUGCGCUCAGAAUCAAUCACGUUAUCUCCCUCCCCCCUUCCAUGAAUAUAUGCCAUCGUGUUUUUGAUCUAUUCCCAAUAGCGCCAAUGUGAGGGCGGUGCAAUGCACGAUUGGUACUUGUAGACAGCAGCUGGACUCCAUUCAUCCAUUUUUUUACUUGCCGCUUGUGCACUUUAACAGUCGAAUUCCUUUUCUGGAGGGAUUGGGAUAACUGUGUCGCCAUGGCAACAGAUUCGGCACUUAACCAUAUGGCGUUAAAAAACAAACUGCACUAAAGCACCUAAAAAUAAUCAGAAUUAUGAUAUAUUAAAAAAAGUCUUUUUCUGGAUGUUAUGAUACCCCUGAAUAAAAUCAGACACGAUUCCUUUCUAAAGCAUCUGUCCAAGUAGUUCAUUUAUCUCACUGAAGUUUUGAUUUAACAGCUGUUUUGAGUCACAUGCAAUAUUGUGUGCGUCCCCAAGAACCAACACCCGUACAAAAAUUACUUUCUGUACAGGCUCUCCCAAAAAUGUCCACACUCUUUGACCACCCAUUACUGUACUCAGAAUUCUUCUUUCCACUAAUGUUUUCCCAUAAGCCAUUCCACUGUUGUGUGUGUGUUUGCAGAAGGUGUGUGUGCUCGUGGUAUUUGUUGUUUUUGUCUCAAUGAGCAAGCUUCACCCACGAUGGCAUCCGUGCCGGAUGCGGUCUGAGCUCGCCCGUUGAAAAGGGUGUGAACACAAAUGAGAAAUUGAGCAGUCGCCUCCAAAACUAUUGGAAUGGAAAGGUCAGUCAGUUCCUUUGUUCAACUUUUUCAAAUGAGCAAGCUUCACUUCUGCAAAAGCGGACACGAUGACAGCGAUGACGAUGAUGUGUAAGCAAACGUUUAAAAAGUGGCUUUGGGCGCGGUCCCUGGCUCAGAUGGACGCGGCGAUGAACAGACGACAGGCGCUCGGCCGAGGAGCCGAGGAGCAACUUGGAGCAAGUCCAAAACCACGCAAGGCCCGGUGCGCUCCAGAGCUGGUGGUUCUGGCGCGCUGCGCGGGUUGUUACAAGCGGCCCAAACACGCCACCCAGGCGGCAGGACCCUUGGAGGAUCAGUCGUCCUCCAGUGAAGAAGACGACAAUGAAUUGGAAUGCGAGCCGCCGACAGCGGGCACCAGUGAGCACGAGGGACCCCGGGCCGAGUGGCAGAGCGAACCGCCAGACGCCAGGACCACCGGCCUGCAAGAUGGCGUGUCCCCCUCGACUCAAGUCCAGCAUUCACCUGCAGAGGGCGCCAGCCAAAACACGGACCCAUAAGGCAGCCUGUCAUGUCACACACGUGCGCUCUUCCCCAAAGUCGCAAACAAACAUGCCUCUUACUAGUCAUAAUCAUUAUUUGUUGAAAAUUGAGAGCCCAUCACAGGUCAGCUGAUUGUCUUGAUCGCUCAUGUACACACACUCACUCACACUCACACACACACACCUACGCACACACACACCUAUGCACACACGCACACACACACACAUUGUUUACUGGCCAUUGAAAAUGAAUUGGUCAUUAUAGUAAGAUAACAGACUCUACGAAUUGAGUGUUUUUGUUCCUCCGUUGGAAAAAAAACAGCAACAACCGAGUCUUAGGUUCAUGCUUCCCUGUUGAAAAGUGUCAAAACAUGUUCAAUUUGCCUAACCUGAAACCUUAAUGCUUGUUUGAAACACCAUCUCUGGUUUGGAUCCCUAAUUUGAAAACUGUCCCAAAGUCCUAAUUUAAAUCUCUACCUUCUCAGCCUUUCAAAUGAAAUCCUGUACCUUUAAUUUCCCUCAUGAUCAUCAUAUCGACCUAUCUACCUAUUUGAAAGCCCAACCUACGCUCUUGAAAGCUUAACCCUGUGUUGAAACCAUAACCCUCAUUUCAUAUCGAAAUUGCAUCAAACAAAGUCAAUCAUCUGUCAAAUAAAUAAAUCAAUAAAACACAAAAA